CUAGAUGCGCCCCCCAGGCCCCCAGUAUAAACUCCCCAAAGAAUCAAAGCCAUGUUGUUCAUCUCUCCCAAUCUUCAACUUCAAGAACCAACCAAGGCUCUUGUCGCCAUCCCCCAUCCGCACCUGUUUCCCGUCUCUCCUCCUCUGCUCUCUCUCCCCGUAUAUGGCGGCCACUCAGCUCUGGGCUCUCGCGCCAUUGGCGCUCCUCCUCGUCCUGCAGCUCGCCGGCGCGUGUCACGCCGUCCCCCAGAGCCUCGAGGCCGAGCAGGCGUCGGACUCCCACUUUCAGCCGCCCAUGAUGAACUGGAUCAACGGAAUGGUCGGAUUGUGCAUUGCCUCCGCCGCCGUCGCCGUCGCGGCGGAGUUGUCUCGGGAGCAGGCGUGCCUGGGCCUGCUUCUGUGCCUCGCCUUCCAUGCCGGUAUCGCGCUCGUCAUCCGCGCCGCCGCCGCCCCUGACGCCGGCCGGUCGCUCGCUCGCACGCAGAGUCGCCGGAAUCGGAAUUUACUCUAUAGUUAUUACUAGUAGUACUAUAUAUAAAUAUAGAUAUGGAGUAUAUAAUUAUGGGGAUGUGUGAUGUGUGCUUGUCUUAACUUUAUCUUGUUUUGUUCAGCUAUAUAUUCGCACUGAAAAGUUGCUUGAAUUAUCUAAAAUAAAUAUUUUGUUUACUGUUUGCUAUGAGUA